AUGCGGGCGGCCGUUAGUGCAGCUCGUCUUUCUGCGGAGUCUCUUCCAGGUUUGCCGCAAGGGCUCGUUGGCCUGACGGCACCCCUGCAAGUGCGAUGGGCCAAGAAGGGCAACAAGCGCAAGAAGAAGCCGAAGCGUGCGGAUCGCACUGAGGAGCAGAAGGCAGCCAGUGGUGGACCGAGAAUGGAGCGGAUCUUCGACAACGUGAUGCACCCCGAGAGUCCACACCAGAUGAGUAUGGUCAUCCGGCGCCACAUGCGUGGCUUGACGUCAGAUGGUCGGCACAACAUCCGACGAAAAAAGGAUCUGACGCGCUACACGAACUACCGGGUGAUGAGAAUAGCUGGGCUCACGCACGACAAUCCGACAGAGGAGGUCAACAGACUAGGCUUCCUCACGCCCCUCACAGACCUGCAGGACUCCUCAAAUCUGCCUCGCUCGGCGAACCACAUCCGCUUCAGAUAUCCACACACCCUCAGCUACAAGGUCUACUGGGGGCCUCCGACGGUCUACGACGAACCCAACGAGUAUGAGGGCUCCAUGGUUGGGUGCACCGUGGCGGUCCGCCUUUGCGACCUGCCACUGACCCAGAGGCAGAAGGAGCGCCUGGUGGACAUCGUGGGCCAUCACCGGGUCUGCGAGAAAACUGGCGUUCUGACGCUCGAAGCAGAUCACUUCCCAGAGAGGAACCACAAUGCUGCUCUUCUGGGAGACAUGUUGGAGCAGCUCAUGAGGGAGGCAAUGCUUGCGGAUGAGAACUCGCAGUCUGUCGCUGACUCAAUCGAGUGA